UUAAUCAAUAAUACAUACAAUUUAUCUCUAUCAAUAUUUUUUACUUGGUAUCAGAGCUAUAAGAUUUAGGCCUAUACUCCUUUCUUUCCGGCGGGCAGCCGGCCGGCAACGUUGCCUUCGCUGCCCUCGCUGCCCGCGGGAGUUUUUCAACACAUAUCACAAACACAUACCUUCUCUCCCGCUGUUUGAUUCGGAAUUCGCCGAAGCGUCACAUAUUGAUCCACAAACACUUCGCCACACUCUUUGACAGAACAACUCAUCACUCCCCAAAAGCCCCAAUUUCACUUCCUUUUUUGAAACCCAUUUCGUCAAUACCAGUCUCGCAACUGCCUCUCAGUAUCCCAUUUACGGCGCUGGUGCUGGUGGGAUGAUGACAGGUGCAGCGGCAGCAGCUGCAGCGGCGGCAGCUGCCUUCUACCCAUAUCUGAAUUUCGGAGAAGGGACUGAUGGAACAGGUGGAGGAGGAGGAGGAGCUGCCACCAACUACACGACAGCGGCAGUUGGACAAGGGUAUGGUGUGCAGUACCCACACCACCUCUUUCAGUACUCAGCAGCAGCAGCAGCCAUGAACUCAACUGGUGGCGCCUACGGUCCACAUCACUAUGCUGCUCCUGUUUCUCUUGCACCCACUCCUCCUUUGCAAUCAGGCGUGACGAUGGCUCUCCAUGCACCAAUGCCUCAUCGUUGAGAGAUUCAUUGGAUUUUGAACUUACCUACUCCAGUCUGAGUACUCCUUGAUCAUCAGAAGGAUCUGAAAAACCUUUGGCCUAACCAUGGUUCUCUUUU